AUGGGAAAGAAGCAGCAGUUUGCAGACCAAGACCGCUCUCUUUCUAUAGAAAGUAAUUAUCAUCCGGGAUGUACUGGGAAUAUACUUCAAAUUAUUAAGUACCAUCACUGGCGUCAUGCCAAGAAAACUUUUACACACAUGAGGCGUGCCGGCGGUAGGCAUUCACUGGCGGCCGGAGUUGGAAAUCCAGGUAACGAUAGUACCAAUGACUGCAGUAAAGCUAAAAUGCAUAAACAGAAUCGUGCUGAGAUGGAUCAAUAUCGUAUCCUUGGAGAAACGAUGACACGAUUCACUCCAGCACCAAAGAGUUCUGUUAAAGCCCGAAUAAAAGCAAUGAUUUCUGAGGAGAUGUACAGAAAGAAGGGCUGGCAUCACCGGAGUGAAACCUUUCCGGCUCGAUCACAUUUACGACGGAUUGAUUCCAUUCAUCAUUUGGAACCUUUAGAUAUUAUGGAUCCACUUACUGAUAUAGUAUCAGAUACUGGAAGCCCUCAUGUAACUUUUCAACAAAAACAUGAUCCUUCUUCGGCUACCAGCAGCACAUUGGAUUCACCCCCUUUCGUGUGUUUUGAGGACCCAAUUACAAGCGACAAUGGGUAUGAUCAAGAGUGCGGCAACAUGUUUAUGGGAGAAUACUGGGAGAAUGACCAGAUUGAUGAGUAUGAUCAGGAGUUAGUAACAGAGAAGAACACACAUUUUGUGGAAAAGAUGGACAGCAUAGAGCAAGAUAUGUUGGAGAAGAAGUUGGUGCAUGCAGAUCAGGGUUUGCUCCAUAGAAAAGAAUUCCUGGAUGCUCUUGACAUUAUCAAUGUAAACAAGAAUUUGUUAUUGAAAGUUUUGAAUGAUCCAAGCUCUCCUUUGGCCCAACAUUUCCACAAUCAACAGGCAUUGAGUGCAAAAUUAGAAUUGACUAAAUGGGGGUCAUUCCCUUUGCCUAGCCCUUCAGGCAGAUCAUCAAAAGAAAAAGGCAAGUUGCAAAUUGGGAGUCAAUCACAGAAGUCGAUGCCAUCAAAAGUUGAGAAUGAUGUAGAUGGAAAUCUAAAACCAAACACAAAAACAGGUGAGAUACGUGAGAAUCAAAUGGCUAUCAAGCGUUACAAGGAUAUUAAACAGAAGAUACAGCAUGUUAUCAAGGAAAGUAGAAAAGAGAGGCAUCGGAUAGCUAUGGAUUCUGUACUUCACAAAAUUCCUCAUGGCAAAGGAUUUCCCAAUGAAUGGGAGAAGGAGAUUCCCAGUCAACUGAAGGAUCCUGCAGUGAAUAGAGAGGGUAAAGGUAGUCCCGAUCAAAGCAGUCAUGAGGAUGAUUAUAAUGAUGUUGCUUCCCUCAGAAAGGGUAAAAUACGUCACAUGAGAAGAACAUCAUCCCUCAAAGAAUCAAUGGACAGAUAUUGUCAGUUGUACGAGACAAGUUUUAACAGAGAAUCCAAACAGCAAAUCUCUGAGAGUGAGAGUUCCAACUUAACUACAGGAGAGAGACCUUCACCUUCAGGAAGCGCCACAAAAUCCCUGUCAAGGGUUCAUUCUUUACCUGAUCUCAAAUCAUAUAUCUAUCAAAGUGGCGACUCUUCUGGUGCUUUUUUAUCAGGAAUGAUGUCUAGGGUUUUUGAUAAACGGAGCAGGCUAGACCUUCCUAUUGAUUUGGGAAAUAAGUUGCAUUCAGACACACUUGUAGGAAGUCAAAUUGAAGAAAAAGUUGGGGAAAAUAAUUCAUGUAUUUCUGAUGAGGUUGGAUCAACACCCAUUGCUAGAUUGGAAGAAUUAAUUCGGGAUUCUCUUCCGGUCUCCAGUUUUGUAGAGGACACAACCUGCCCUGAACAGUCUUCCAUAGCAGAAGAUAUUGGAUCCAUGAAGGAAGCCAUUGCUAAACUAGAAGAACUAAUUCCAGCUACUCUGCCUGACUCUAAUUUCAUAAAUGAUACCACGAGCCCUGAACAGUUUUCCUUGGGAGAAGAUUCAGAAGUAAAGGACAGGAAUUCCUACAGACCGGAUAAUCUGGCCAAUCAGCGACAUGAGUCUGGCAUGGAUACUCCUAAAGUGGCUGCAGGUGGAGUAGAACAUGAGGAAGUGGAAUCUUUUAACACUCCUUCAGAUCACAAAACCCUGCAUCUUGAAGUAGAUGCAAAAGACAAUGCUGAAUUCAAUUACGUUAGAGAUGUACUAGAGCUAUCUGGGUUCAGUGGGAAUGAGACCCUGGCAACAUGGCAUUCCGAUGACCAGCCGGUUAACCCGUCAGUGUACGAGGAAGUGGAAGGCUGUUUGCUCCCUGAAGCUGAAUUUUCUGGAAAAGAAGUUGGAAAUUGCAGUCACCCACUUUUGUUUGAUCUAAUCAAUGAGGUACUUAUGGAGAUGUUUGGAAGAUCAUACAGCUAUUGCCCCAAGCUCUUGUCUCCCCUUUCCCACAUCAGGCCAAUGCCAUCAGGACACCAUGUUCUCGAGGAAGUCUGGACACUUAUGAGCUGGUACUUGAGCUCAAGACCAGGUUCUGAUCAGUCACUGGAUUACUUUGUGAGCAGAGACCUUUCAAAGAGUGAUGGGUGGAUGAAUCUUCAAUUUGAGACUGAGUGUGUGGGGCUUGAGCUGGAGGACUUGAUUUUUGACGACCUGUUAGAGGAAGUUUUCUAG